UCCUUUGAUUCUCACCGCGCAUGCGUGGCUCAGGGAGCACGCAGCGCGGCGAUCGCCGGUGCUCUGUGUCCCUCGGACACAGCAGAUCACGGAAAGAGCCGAAGAUGUCGGCACGGUCAUGUGAUCAGCUGUGUCCAAUCACAGCUGAUCACAUGCGACAUGUACACUAAUCAUCAGGGCACUGAUGAUCAGUGUGCCCUGAUGAUCAGUGUGGCCCAGAAGUGCCACCUGUCAGUGUCCAUCAGUGCCAGCAGUCAGUGCUCAUCAGUGCCACGUGCCAGUGCUCAUCAGUGCCACAUCAAUACCACAUAUCAUUGCAUACCAGUGCACAUCAAUGCCACAUAUCAGUGCCCAUCUGAGCUGCCUUUCAAUGUCACCCAUCAGAGCCAGUCAGUGCCACCUAUCAAUGCCACCUAUCAGUGCUGCCAAUCAGUGCCACCUAUUAGUGUAAGUCAGUGUCGCCUAUCAAUGCCAGUCAGUGCUGCCUAA